UCGCCUAGUCAUCUCUUCUACUUUUCUCCCCCCAUUUAAUUUUGAUUAGCCAGUGGACUCCUUCCUUCCAUUGGAUUUGCCCACUCUCCUCAUCCGACCUUGCAAAAUUCCUCCUUUUUGCCUCUCCAUUCCUCCACGCUCUUUCUCUCUCUCUCUCUCUCCGCCUGUUUCCUCUUCCUUUCCCCCUUUCCUCUCCUUCUUUCUGUGGUCUGCUUGGACUAGAAACAAUAAUUCUAGAGCUUUUUUGUUCAAAAGAGGGCUGUUCGUCUUACUGCUUUGUUUUCAGCUCUUUGGAACUGUUGGAACGUAGCAAAGAUAUUUUUUCCCCCUAAUUUUAGCGGAAUUCUGCACAUAAAAAUCAGAUCUUUUAUUUUAUUUUUUGCUCUUUUCUAUCCUGCGUUGAUUUCUAUUGGGAUUAUUGGAGGGGAAGAGGGAAGGGGUGAGACAAAUGGUAAAGGAAGGACCUUGCCGUCAUUGUGGAGUUACAAGUACCCCUCUUUGGAGGAAUGGGCCACCUGAAAAGCCAAUUUUAUGCAAUGCAUGUGGUUCCAGGUGGAGAACCAAGGGCUCAUUGACAAAUUAUGUGCCUCUGCAUGCUCGAGAAGCUUUCGAUGCAACUGAAGUAAAAGUCCCCCAAAAGAUUACUGUAUUCUUCAAAGAGAAGAAGCUGCAAAAGAAGAACGAAAGAUGUAUAUUGGAAGGUGAUCAUGAAAUGCCACAUUCAGACCAGUAUUAUCAUAAGAUUGUUGAGGGAGAUACAAGCAAUCGAUCUAGUUCCGGAUCAGCCAUUUCAGGUUCAGAUAGCUGUGUGCAUUUUGGCACAACUGAUGCAAGUGAGAUAACAGGUUCGGUGCAGUCAAAUGUAUGGGACUCACUAGUACCUUCUAAGAAGAGAGCAUUUUUGGCUUGCCCUAAACCUUCUUCUAUUGAAAAACUCACAAAGGAUCUAUAUUCCAUUUUGCACGAAGAACAAGCCUCAAACAUGUCCAGAACCUCAGAAGAUGACAAUCUGCUUUAUGAAAGUGGAAUUCCAUUUGAUUCUUCUGAGAUUGGUUAUGGAGGUCUACUCAUUAAGCAUCCAUAUCCAAAAUCCAUUGAGGAAGAAUCAGAAGCUAGCUCAUUUCCAGUAGAAAAACUUAAAACCAUUAAGGAAGGAUAUUCAAGCUCAAUAUCCGCACCUGUAAAUAGUGAUAACAAAGGAACCAGUUGUACUAAAUCCAGUGUGGACACAAUGAAGUCAGCAGCACAAGUAUAUCGAGAUACCAUCUACAGGGACACAAUUUCUCAUGAACAGAUGAUCAUGUUGCAAGAUAGAGAUUCUCCCUUGGGUUAUGCAGAUUUAAAUGCUUUGAUUGACUAUGAGGGUUUCAUAAAAUAUUUGACAUUUGAGGAACGACAGAGAUUGAUGAAAUAUCUACCAUUGAUUGACAUUGCCAAACCUCCUGAAAGUCUCAAGGCAAUGUUCUCCAGCUCCCAAUUUAUGGAGACAUUUUCUUACUUCCAACUACUGCUUCAGGAUGGAGUUUUUGAUCUGUCAUUGUCUGAAGCAAAUGCUGAGGAGUGUAAAACUUUAAAGAGGCUCGUAUUACGAAAUUGCAAAAGAAUCGAAUGGUCAGAAUUCUACCAAAAAUUAAAGGAUGCAUCCUAUAAGAAGAUCAGAGAAGGAGAUGGAACACUGAGCAAACCCACAUUUCCUCAGACUUCCAAUUUAGCAUCCCUGAAAAGGCAGCGGGACAAGCAACAUAACUGUUCAGAUAUCAAAAACCCUGUGAAAAGUACUAAAAGAGUAUGCAGGCCUGAGCUGAUGAAUCCUCCUCCUUCACUAUCUGCAAAUCAGCUGGAGUCUAGUGCCGUUUCGAAAGUAACUGAUGACGCAAACAAGUUUCUUGACGAUGAAGAUUGUUGCUUCAGUCCGAGAAGGCUUUUUGCUUCUCUUCCUGAUAGAAAUUCAAUGUUCUUCAUCGCCGACAGUACUGAAGACAAUCUGCUUCUCAACGUGCCAUCGUCGAGUGCAUCAUUUCCUGAAGCACAACUACUGUGCCAUCAUCCAUGGGAGCAGAAGAUGAACCGAAAUAGUUCGACAAAAGAGGGUGGAGUCAAAGCUCGUGAGCAACCAUCUUCAAGUUUCAGUAAUAGAUAAUUAAGGGUUUGAUACCAUUGUAGUAGCGUAGACAAAUAGUUGAAGAGUUCAGUCUAUGCUGUAGCACUGACAUUAUAUAGAAACUAUGGACUGGUUCGGGCUGGUUUUUCUUCUUGUAUGAUCAACCAUGGUGAAAUAAUUUGUAAACUAAUUGAAAAAUAGAAAAGAGUGUAACCUAUUGACCUUGGAAAUUUUUUCUUA